AUGAAUGAGGCGUACAUAUUCUUGAAGGAAUUUCACAUAGCAUGUGCGGGGAUGAAACCUGCUGGUGUAACCCAUUACCAACUCAAGUUAAAGGCAUUUCAUUUUGCCUUGACUGAUGCUGCUAAGGAGUGGUUGUUCGAACUUCUAGCAGGAACCAUCACAACUUGGACUCAGAUGCAAGAAAAAUUCAUAGAAAAAUAUUUUCCGGCAUCUUUGGCAGCAAACAUAAGAAAAGAAAUAUGGCUCACAGAGUUGGAUCGUAACCUAAUUGAUGCUGCAAGUGGCGGAGCAUUGGUUAAAAAGACACCCGAAGAGGCAAAGACCCUGAUUGCAAACAUUGCAGCAAACUCUCAAUAUCGAGGAGGUCGAAAUAUCAAGUCCACUUCUGUACGUCAAGUUAAUGAAGCGACAAGCAACUUCAACCUCAGACCACCAGCUUUCCAGCAGCAACUACCAUCUAAUCCUUCACCUGGUUUUCAUCAACAACCGCAACAUCAAUCGCGACCUCAAAAUCAACAAGUUUCCCAACCACAAUCUAGUAGCAUGUUUCUGGAAGAUAUCGUGAAGGCAAUGGCUGACAACACUUUGCAUUUUCAGCAAGAAACAAGACGUGGACUAAAGAACUUGGAAAACCAAGUUUCUCAGUUAGCUAACACAGUGGGAAAGCUCCAAGCUCAGAACUCUAACAAGCUUCCGAGUCAACCAGAGAGAAAUCCAAAGAAGAAUGCAAGUGCAAUGUCACUUAGAAGUGGCAAGCAAUUAGAGGUCCCAGCAAAAAAGACUGAAGGGCUGGCAGAAUACCAAGAGGAACAAGAGACUAUUGUUCAAGAAAAAAAUGAGCAGCCCUCUAAGGUAAGUGAUGUUGUUUCAUCCAAAACUGACCAUUUUUCUUCUUAUGUUCCUUUCCCUAGCAGGUUAACUUCUAAGCGUAAGAAACAAGAGAUUGAGAAGGAGGUGCUAGAUGUAUUUCGCAACGUAGAGAUGAACAUACCUUUACUGGAAGCCAUUAAACAAGUGCCACGUUAUGCAAAGUUCCUGAAGGAUUUGUGCACUAACAAGCGAAAAUUGAAUGGAGAUGAGAAGGUCAGUGUAAGUGAGAAUGUAUCUGCUGUCUUAUAG